UUUAUUCCUCUUAGCCUCGACAACCCAUAGAGAUACAGCCAUGCCAUUAAGGGUUCUUUCAGCGCUCGACAAUGCCAGAAUCCAAUAUUAUCAUUUCAAAGCCACCGUCAUCGCCGGCAUGGGACUCUUCACCGACGCCUACGACUUCUUUUGCAUCCCUCCGAUAACCAGACUCCUCGGCCACAUAUACUACAACGACGACCCCCCCACCCGUGUCAGCUCCACCUUGAUCACCGUGGUCCUCUUAGGCGCCGCCAUUGGUCAACUCGUAUUUGGCGUCCUCGGUGACCUAAAGGGACGGCGCCGCGUAUACGGACUGUCCUUGACGAUCAUGGUUCUUAGCUCUGUCGUUUGUGGGUUCUCUAUUUGCGGGGUGACAGGUUGCGUCUUGGGGAGUCUAGUGUUCUUCCGAUUCUUGCUUGGAUUGGGGAUCGGCGGAGACUACCCCUUGUCAGCAACGAUUAUGGCGGAGUUUGCUAACAGGAACACGCGCGGUGCGUUCAUAGCGGGAGUGUUUUCCAUGCAGGGUAUUGGGAUUUUGGCGGCCUCAGGUGUGACAGCGGUGGUUUGUUCGUCAUUUGACAAGUAUUCUAAGAAGUCCAAGGAUUAUAUGACGACGGAUGUUGAUAUUGCGUGGCGGUUGAUUCUGAUGAUCGGCGGAGUUCCGGCUGCGUUGACUUUUUACUUGCGGAUGAUGAUGCCGGAAACUGCUAGGUUUACGGCACUGGUGGAGAGAAAUCCGGUGCAAGCGGCCGUGGAUAUGGGCAGAGUGUUAGACGUUCCAAUGAAUGAAAUUGCAGAGGACGCCCCAAUACCGGCACACCCACCAACCUAUCCCCUGUUCUCUAAGCAAUUCUUGCACCGCCAUGGCCGCGACCUCUUCUACUGUGCAGCCUCCUGGUUCCUGGUCGAUGUAGCAUUUUACGCUAACAACCUCGUCCUAUCUACGGUAUUUUUCUACUACGUAGACAAGCCUACCAACGUCUAUCAUUUAGCUUUAAAAGUUGCCAGUCUCCAAGCAAUUGUGGCUGCUGCUGCUACAAUUCCAGGGUACUGGUUCACCUACUAUUUCAUUGAUCGGAUUGGGAGGGUGAAAAUCCAAAUGUUUGGUUUUUUAAUGAUGGCAUUGGUUUAUUUUGCAAUGGGUAUACCGUACAAGGACUAUUGGUUCAAACAGGUACAAAAUUCUAAGAAAAGCAGAGUAGGUUUCUCAAUCCUGUAUGGGCUAACAUUCUUCUUCGCCAAUUUUGGCCCCAACACGACCACUUUUAUAGUACCGGCAGAGAUGUUUCCUGCCAGAUUCAGAUCCACUUGUCAUGGGAUCUCUGGAGCCAUUGGAAAGGUGGGAGCGAUUGUGGGAACUAUUGGAUUUCAAUGGGCAUCGUCAACAAAUGCUAAUUCCGAUUAUCCACAUCCUCAUAAAAUGACUGUGGCAUUCGUGAUAUGGGGAGUGGUGUGUCUUCUGGGUGCGCUGGUGACGUAUUUCUUUGCGAGGGAAACCAAAGGUCUAUCCCUUGAGGACAAUGAGAUCGAUGAAUAGAAGUUUUAAUUCCAAGUUGUUGUACUCCCUCUCUCCCAUUUUAGUUGUCACUUUUUUUUUUAUUAAGUUUACUAAGAAAUUUAUUAAUUUUGA